AGUAGGCUUUCUCAGGUAGACUGGCACAAAAUAUUCCACCCUACUUCGUCUGCCCGCCUCACCCUGCUUCCUUACUGUGCUACUAAGAAUCGGGGCUAUCGUUAAACUAUGUCAUCAAAAGAGAGUUUCACGAUGAGCAGCUUCUCGCUGAACCUGAAUGAGGACUGGGACCGCUCAGAAAGUGAUAUUAUCGUGCCUCAGACGCAAGUACCACGAAAUUCUGUUAUCUUUCCUGGGGAAGGUGCGCAGGACGACUGCAGCACACCUGGGGUAAACGGGAGUGGGAAAGGCAGGUCGUUAAGUGAGCUCAUGCGGCUCCAUGCCGAGAAGGGGACCGAUGUGACCUUUAACAUCGAGGAAGCGAGUCGCGUAGCAGAUGUUCUCAAGCAGUGGAUAAAUUCGGGAACUUCUCCAUAUGAGGGCGAGGAUGACUUCUUCUCUCGUGCGAACGAUGAUUCGUCACUGGGCGCAAAACAUUCAUCGCAAUCAGGAGACUUCAGUGGCCGACAGAGAGGGCAGAGCGAAAGCGUUAUAUCGCGCUAGUGACCGUCGAGAGAGCUCUCUUUCACUUUCGAUUUUCGUCCGUCUUCCCUCCUUUGUUAUUGCCUCUUAGAUGACAGCUCACGACCUCUCAUGACAUUAAUGACCUUCAUGACCACGUACUCUACUCCAACUCUACUCUGCGAGCAAUAUCAUUUCUACUACUUAGUAUUCAUUCUAGUCUAUUGAGUACCGAGUAUGUACGUGCAUUUGGUUGGCUAAGUACACAGUUUGUGACGUAAUCAAUCACUGCAUGUAGUCACGUGCGAUGCGAACCGUGCAGAUCAAGU